CGCGCCCCGCCCCCGGGGCCGAGGCCCCGCCUCCUCCGCAACUGCCGGGACGCGGUCACCUUAGCAACCAACGUGGCUCCCACCAUGGCCGAAGAGGACGAAGAGGCCCCGCGGACGGAGAAGGUCCUGCGGGUCCAGAGGGUGUUUAUAAACCUGCUGGACACGUACAGCAGCGGAAACAUCGGGAAGUUCCUGGCCAGCUCUGUAGUUGGGGCUUCCCUUGAAGAAGUUGCAGAGGAGGAGGAAGAUGAAGAUGAAAAUAAGGCCACUGCCCCAGAAACCGCAUCAGCCAAGCACAAGGAAGGCACAUUCCAGAUCGUGGGCACGCUUUCCAAGCCCGAAAACAUCCCGCCAGACUUUGCCACGGAAACGUACAAGAACCUGUCUCGAGGAGACCUUCUCAUGCGCCUGCUGGAGUGCGACACCAUUAUUUAUAACAUCACCGAGAGCCCGCAGCAGGUGGAGGAAGCCAUCUGGGCCGUCUCUGCGCUGAAGGAAGAAGUCAGCCACUUUGGGAAGCGCAAGGUGUUUAUCUUACUGUCCACCGUGAUGACGUGGGCGCGAUCCAAGCCUCUGGACCCGGAGGACUCUGAAGUCCCGUUCACGGAAGAGGACUACCGAAGAAGAAAGAAUCACCCAAAUUUUCUGGACCACAUAAAUGCUGAAAAAAUAGUCCUCAAAUACGGGAAAAACGCCAAAAUAUUCGCAACUUAUGUCGUAGCUGCAGGACUUCAGUACGGCAUGGAAGGUGGCAUCUUACACACAUUUUUUAAGCUUGCUUGGCUGGGCGAGGUCCCUGCGUUACCUGUUUUUGGAGACGGAACAAAUGUAAUUCCAACAAUUCAUGUUCUUGACCUGGCAGGAGUGAUACAAAACAUAAUAGACCACGUGCCAAGGCACUACUACCUGGUCGCCGUGGACGACUCUGCUCACACCCUGGAAGACCUGGUCAAGUUCAUCAGUAAAAGUACUGGGCCCGGCAAAGUCCAGAAAGUACCCAGAGAAAACGCUUUCCUACUCAAGGAGCUCACCCAAGGCAGCAUUGACCACCUACUGGUCAACCUGAGGAUGGAAGCCCUCUUCGUGAAGGAGAAUUUCAACAUUCGCUGGGUGGCGCAGACUGGAUUUGUGGAAAACAUUAACAACAUCCUCAAAGAGUACAAGCAGAGCAGAGGGUUGCUGCCCAUCAAGAUCUGCAUCCUGGGUCCGCCUGCGGUGGGAAAGUCCAGCAUAGCGGAAGAGCUGUCCAAGUACUACAAACUGCACCACAUCAAAAUGAAGGACUUGAUUGCCGAAGCCAUAGCAAAGCUGGAGGGGAUUGUUGCCCCCAAGGACAGAGGGGAGGAAGAGGAAGGUGAGGAGGAGGAGGAGGAGGAGAACGUGGAGGACGCUCAGGAGCUGCUGGACGGCAUCAAGGAGAACAUGGACCAGAACGCAGGAGAGCUAGAAGAUCAAUAUAUAAUUCGAUUUGUGAAAGAAAAGCUAAAAUCCAUGCCUUGUAGGAAUCAAGGUUACAUCUUGGAUGGAUUCCCAAAGACCUAUGAUCAAGCAAAAGACCUGUUCAAUCAGGAAGAUGAAGAAGAGGAAGAUGAACUUAGAGGCAAAACAUUUCCUGUUGAUAAAUUAAUUUUACCUGAAUUUGUCUGUGGCCUGGACGCCUCGGAUGAGUUUCUGAAGGAGCGGGUGAUAAACCUCCCAGAGAGCGUCGUGGCCGGGACCCACUACACCCAGGACCGCUUCCUGCGAGUGCUGAGCAACUACCGGGACAUGAACACCGAAGACGAGACUGUCUACAACUAUUUUGAUGAAAUCGAAAUCCACCCCAUACACAUUGAUGUAGGGAAACUUGAAGAUGCUCAGAACAGGCUUGCUAUCAAACAGCUCAUCAGAGAGAUUGGGGAGCCUCGGAAUUAUGGUCUAACAGAUGAGGAGAAGGCAGAGCUGGAGCAGAAGGCUGCAGAGGUGCGCCUGGCCAACGAGGCUGCUGAAGAGGCAGCGCGCGAGCAGAAGGAGGCUGCGGAGACAGCGGAGAAGAUGGCUCGCUGGGAGGAGUGGAAUAAACAACUAGAGGAAGUGAAGAGAGAAGAAAGAGAAUUACUGGAGGCUCAGUCUACUCCCCUGAGGAACUACUUAAUCACCCAUGUUAUGCCAACUCUCGUGCAAGGUCUGAAUGAGUGCUGUAAAGUCAGACCAGAUGAUCCUGUUGAUUUUCUGGCAGAAUAUCUUUUCAAGAACAAUCCUGAAACGCAGUAAAACUCGGAAGAUCUUGCAUCCUGUAACGUUACAGAACAGGAGAUCAACUUAACACUGUCAUUGGAAAAAUCCCUUUUAAAUUGCUUUCCCAGAUUUUGAAAUGUUUUUUCCUGUAAGCAAAUAUUCUAUAAAGUACAACCAUUAUAAAAAGCAA